UAAAUAUGUUUGUUUUAUGUUCAAUAUAUUUCAUUUUUAUUUUAUUUGUGCAGUCGAAUACGGCCCAAGAGUCGGAGUACGAUUACAUAGUCGCCGUCCGUUCUUAUAGGACAAAACAGUUCCUUUUCUCCGGUAUUAUCGUCAGCCGGCGUAUCGUCCUUACGACAUGCUCCUCGGUAGCCAAUUUCACCAUUGAUGGAUUACCGUACGUAGUGGUGGACGUGAAGGACUUGACUGUCAACUUGGGAAUCGGCCUGAUAUUCGGCGGUCCUCUGAAGAUGGUCCUGGUCGAGAGUGUAGGCUUCCACCGGGAAUGCAAAAAUUGGCACGGCAUGUUGAGCCACGAUCUCGGGGUUAUAAACCUCGCCGAGAACAUCACAAUCGACUCAGAAUCCGCGAUGAGAUUCACCGGAAGACUCGAAAAGACCGUGACGGACUUAAGGUCUUUGGCAUCCUCCGGCGCCACGUUCGACGUCCACGGCUGGUCGGUCAAAUUCAAUACGCUGCCUACUUUUGAAAAAGCCAAUUUUAAACUGUACGACAUGGACGCAUGCGUGAAAUACUUUUGCUAUCCCGUCCAUGAGAAAUGUUACUCGACAGACAAAUUGUGCGGCAUCGGCCCUUCUGAGAUCUGCGGGAACGGCGUCGGAUCAGCGGUCAUCUCCGAUGGCGUUCUUUGGGGCAUCACUUCACGUGUCUUUAAUCCAUGUUCACAAGCUACCAUCAGCAUCGUCACAUUUUUCAAUAGCGCUGAAAUUGAUGAAAUGAUAAACAACGCGAUAAAGAGCUUUCACACCACACCAUUUGAAACAAUUGUGUGAUCCAUUCUUAGAUGCAUAUCUAUAUAAUGAAGUGCCAAGGAUGGGGGACAAGGAUAGAAGAGGUAACCUACAGCUUUCAUGAGACUUGCUUUAGGCUGUUAAGUUCCAUAGCUUUCCUAGUGGAUGUUUCACGUAGGAUAUAUGCGGUUCAUCACUAGUAGCAAAAAUCUACCCCUGAUGUCACGGAACGAGGACUUUUCCUCUUCUUGACAAAACCUUCCCAAUGGUUCUUCUGCCGGUACUUCUAUGCUGUCCAGUGGCUUCUCAGGUUACAGUGUCCAGUCAGUAGAUUUAUCAGAACACGAUUGGCCGUCCAGUAAUUCUCCUAUGACUAUAUGAAUCACUUCGCGUUUCUCAUCUUCCAGGAUUUGGACGCAUUAAGGAUCCAUUUUUUAAUGUCACCCUUUUUGUUAGAAAUGGCUAGGUCACAGAGCAUAUGAUUUGGAAUCAGAAGUAUUUAUGCCGAUUACACUCUUGGUCAGUACAUCGGCUUUGAAAAAGAUAUAGUUAUA